CAUCUGAUAAAGUAACUUUUCCUCCUACCACUAGCCGAUCAAAAACAGAGGGAACAGGUAUGAAACAUACUGAGCUGCUUUCAGGGAAAAUUCACUUUAGAAUAAUAUCAUGUCCUCCAAGGGGCGCAGGGUAUUUGGGGAGGCAUAUGAAACAUAUGGUGUUAUCUGAAAUUUAGAAUGACCAAUUUGGGCUUGGCUUAGGCUUUUAUUGGCCCCUUAAGGAUACCAGACUGCUAAAAAUAGAAUUUAUAUUUGUCUGUAAUUCUUCAUGUGUGAGCCUAAAAGGGAUCAUGACGGCUAAAAGCAUUGACGUUUUGCCUGAAACACCCUGCAAGAGACGAAAAACUGAAUUGUUACACCCUAAGUGAGAUAAUGAGCAUUUACGUCUCUUUAAAAGGGAGUCUUCUUUCCUGGGCCCUGACCAGUUUAAAGUCCUCAUAUUUAAUUAAAGGAACAAUUAUUGUUUCAUUCAUCUAUGUAACUGGCCACCGAACAGAUUCAAAUUAGCCACUAAAGUAAAAUAUGAAAGUGUAUAAGCGUAUUCCUCUUUUAAAAGUAUUACUAUUAUUUUUUUGCUAAUGUAAGUUUAAUUCAUAGCGAGUGAUUGGCAAACCUUUGUCAAAGUCCAUUUGAGCGUAAAUUUGCGACUUUCAAGUUCUCCAUGAUGCAGUUUGUUUUCCCCACGAUCUCUCUUUUUUAGGACCAACAGUCGUCCCUUGAAAAAUUGAAAGCAAAAGUUGUGCAAAAUUUUGUGGGCAGAACAAAUUGCAUUAUGGGAAACGAAAAAGUCGCUGUGUUUGAUGCAGGAACUGCCUACUUCCUUGAUAGUGUCGUUACUUGUGCCUCUGCGCCCCCAUCUGUUGUCAGUAGAUCAAGGGACAUGUGAUGUCCAACCCUCUUCAAUUACAUGGAUGUAAUGUGAUUGACAGUACUUUUCACCUCAGUGGCUGUUUGUCAAUCCUCAGUCUAUACAUCUGAUAAAUAUCAAGGACAGGUAAUUCUUGCAAAACCGGUUCAAUUGUAUUUUGUAAUCCUUUCACUUUUAAUUUUCCACCAGCUGGAGGCAGUUCAAAGAGUAAUUCAAUGGAUGGUGGUGUGAUAGCUGGUAUUGUCUGUGCAGUGAUUGCUGUGUUGUUAGCUGUUGUGUUGUUUAUUUGUUGGUGGCGUUAUCCUCACUGGUUCUUUCACCGAGAAAAGCCUUUCAAUCAUUUUAUCAAAGUUGAAAUGCAGCCAUAUAACCAGUACGACGAGAACAGACGAGUUUCUCGCGUGGAGAGCACAGCGAGUGAAUGCGAGGAGAAAAGAAGCACCCUCAGAAACACUGGCAAUACUAACAGUUCAAGGCGAGCUGGAGGAGCAGAUGUGACAGCCUGCCCUAUAUACGCCUCUAUUGGGACUGAUAUGGAUAAGGAAUCCAACACCAAUGGCUACGUUAACGGCUCUCAGAAGCUGCAUAGACAUGGCUCUGAUAUAAAACCACUGAAAAAAGGUUUGUUGCAACGAAUCUGUGUUGUGAUCAUCGCAUACGUAUGGGUAGAGAAAGUCAAAAUUGAAGGAACGUCUUUUUUUGCAGUGCUAGUGAAAUUAAGAGUUUCCGAUAACAUAAAAUAACUGAAGGUUCAAGCAAUUUUGAAGUAACCAUAUCAAACACGACACGCAGUGUUACAUCCGUUGUUUAGGCUCUGAUAUAAAACCUCCGAAAAAGAGGUUUGUUGCAAAGAAUCCGUGUUGUGAUCUCAUAUGUAUGGAGACAGAAGUGAAAAAUUGAAGGAAGGUCUUGUUUUGCAGUGUAUAAUACUGAAAAAUGAAUGUAAAAAACAUAGUGAAUGUACAGCUGACGCGUUUCCACAACUAGUGAAACUCUGCCUAGACUACGAGUAGUCUCUCAUUUUCCCUCAGAGAUAGUAGAUCGAACAAAACGGGAGCGCACUUGAAAAUUACCCCACGCGAGAAAGGCGAGACGCGGCGGGGGAGAGGUAGUCCCUCAAUUUUCUCUCCCUCCACCCCGUUUCGCCUUUCUCGCGUGGGAUUUCACGCGCGCUCACGUUUCGCUCGCUCUACCAUCCCUGAGGGAAACUGAGGGACUACUCGCAGUCUAAGCUCUGCCAUUUCGCUAUAUAAACCACACACAAUCCUCAAAUCCUAGAUUCACUCUGACAUAGGGCUAGCACUAAAAGCGAGAGCUUUUGAAUCUUUUUACGGUGGACAAACUUCAUCUACAAAAAACUUCGUCUAAAACUAUAUGUAGACUUUACCCACUCAGAUGAUAACACCAAAUUUUUGAGUUUCACUGACGCAGCACCACAGCGGUCAUUUCAACAGUUUUGACGGAAGAGACUUAAAGAUGUUCCAAAAUUCAAACAAUGCCCUGCUUAAGUGUCGCCUGUCAGACCCAGUAUUAACUUCAGUCAUUGCUGACAGUGCUGGAUCCAGACCUCAAGAUAAAGUGAGGGGCGGGGGAGGUCAUCCAGACCCUUAGAUAAGGGGGCGGGGCUCGGUCUCCAAAAAAUAUUUUUCGGCGCUUUGGGCCUCGGUUUAGUCUAAAAAUAAGGGGAAUGGGGAAUGGGGGCGGGCUGCCCGGGCUUCUCCCCUGGAUCCACCACUGGCUCAUAUCUGAUAUCGUUGGUGUUGAAUUUGUUGCAGUGAAGCCGCCGGUGCCUCCACCCCUGCAGCCAGUACAUUCAGUCCCUGAAGUAGUUUACGCCGAACCUGAUACUCCUCUGUUAUCGGCCGCUUCAGCGUCACCAGGACCCUCACCCAAACCUACCAUACCUUCUCCACUGGAUUCUCAGACUAUAGACUACAUGGAAGAGUUUCCAGAUAAUGAUUAUGCAGAACCUGAUACACCCUUGGUUAAGAGUCCUACGUUACCGAAAUCCCCCGACAGGUCUAAUGUUAUCAGUGGGUAUUCUGAACCUAUUGAUUCAAUCUCACCUAAAGCAUUGACUAUUUUCCCUAAUCCCAUAUACGAGGAGGUGUACUCGGAGCCUUAUCAGGGGGUGUCUGGCACCAGUUUGUAUUGUAAUCCUGACGAGCAACUCGGUAUGAGACCCAGACAGGAUAGCUUCAAGGACUUUCCGCGGAGCAAGCUCUACUUUCGAGAGAAGAUUGGUGAUGGACAGUUUGGUGAGGUGUAUAUUGGUGAGGCUGCAGGAUUAGGCGAGAUUUGGGAAGAGUAUAAAAACUGCCAGAAAGCAACAGUAGCAAUUAAGACGCUUAAGCCGGACGUAGAUAAGAACAUUAAGAAUGAUUUCUUCAAGGAAGUGAAAGCCAUGGCUGGCCUUAGGCACAAGAAUGUUGUUCGCCUGCUGGGCGUCUGUCGUGAUGACCCCAUGUGUAUGAUUGUGGAGUACAUGGCUAAUGGCGAUCUCAAUCAGUUUCUUAAAGAGAGAGAACCAGAGCCAAACACGUAUGUAAAUCAAAGCAGGAAAAGGAGUAGUAACUCUCAGUUUGUCUCUCUUCACGCCUUGUUUUACAUGGCAAAGCAAGUGGCGGCUGGCAUGAAGUAUAUAUCAUCAUUGAACUAUGUUCACCGAGAUCUCGCAACUCGGAACUGUCUGGUAGGACACGCCUACACAGUGAAGAUAGCAGACUUUGGAAUGUCAAGGAACUUGUAUUGUAAACACUACUAUCGCGUUGAAGGAAGAGUCAUCCUGCCAAUACGGUGGAUGGCACCUGAGAGCAUACUGCAAGGUAAACGGACAUUCAGUGGGAGCCAUUUUUGUAUGUCGUUGAAGAGACCAAAAUAAAAACCAAAGCAACGUUCAUUCAGUUAGCCAAUCUAUCAAUCAUUCGAUUAAAUUAGAGGCAAGCAGGCGCGGUAAACCAGUGCGAAAGGCAAUUUUUGCAAAUUUUGUCACUUGAUUUCAGUAUUCUGACUUACCACUUAAGAAUUGCCGAUCUUAUGUGUCCCCAAUACGUUAAAGCAUUUUGAAGUAACAUAUCAAACACGACACUCAGUGUUUCAUCCGAUGUGUGGGUUAAAAAAGCGAAGCGUAGCCGAGGUUUUUUAAGACCGACUCCGAUGUGUCUGGAUAUCAGAUGAAACGCCAAGGGAAGUGUUUGAUAAAGGUUCUCUAAUGAACGACGAUUCUUCAAGUCAAUAUUCAAACCACACAAUCGAUAUCCAAACCACAGACACGGUAUUGAUUUUCUUUUUUAUUUUAUUUUCAUGAAUUAUUAGUGACUCUGAGUAAUUAAACGUGAUGUUUGAUUUAUCGUGCACAGGUCGCUUCACUACAGCAAGUGAUGUGUGGGCGUACGGUGUGACAUUAUGGGAGAUACUCACACUUGCCAGAGAAUACCCCUACUCAGAACUCAGUGACGAGGAGCUGAUUAAGAAUAUCCAAGCGUCGUUCCUCCGUUCGGACACGCCCUUCUCUGCACCACCUCAGCCUGACACGUGCCCAGGAGACUUGUACGAGCUGAUGAAACGUUGCUGGAGCAAGGAACCGGAGGAUCGACCUUCUUUUACGGAACUUCACAACAAUUUAGCGGAACGCGUUCGACUUAGCGAAGCUAGUGUUUAGUUUGCGCCAAGAAACACAAAAAGAAGGUAACCGAAAUGAUAGUGAUGUUGUCACCGCUGGAUUUGCGGUCCAGUCCUUUGCUUUCGCCACCAAGAUCGCUCAACCUCAAAAACAGUUAAAAAGCCAGUAGUUAUGUUUCGAAAAAUAAUGAACUAUAUAAGCCCUAAAGGGAAGUUUUGCAGUGCAGAGUGUAGGCAUUUUGCCCUUUCUUUCCCAGUCAGCUAUGGACUCAUCAUGAAAUAUAUCUCUAUCUUUUGAGUCCAUGGUGGGUGAAAUCCUUUAAUUUGACCAUUCAGAUGAAACCUAUUCAGCCGUUAUUUCACAUAGUGCUAUUUACUGCGCUAUAUAAACAGGUUCUAACUUUAGUAGACUACGAGCAGUCUCUUUUUCCUUAGUGAGUUCGUCGAGCUAAGCGCGCGAUGGUAGAAAAUAGCCCCACGCACAACUGUAGACUCGAGAUGCGAGUGGAGCCGCUCACGCGUGUACCACCCCACCAACCUCGAAUAAAAGUAAGAGACUGGUGACAGUCUGUAUCUUUUGUGUCUGUGGACGGUAUUCCAUGGGUUUGAUUAAGUUAAACCUCUUUGGCAGUUCUUUCACUUGGUACCAUUUUUUUUCGCUAUUUUGCAAAGUGAAAGUUGUGAAUUUUUUGUGAAUUUUGAUUUUCAGCACUCUUCAUUCGAAGUGAAAGGGUUUCUAAUUGUUCGCUUAUCUCAAAGUCAUUGUCAGCCUUGUAGGCUCUAAGGAUCGUGCUUUUACAUUAAUAAAAUUCAGUUAUGAUUGCUACUCUGGUAAAAUGUAACUGACUGAGCUGAGAAAAACGAAAUCCAGUUCCUUCUAUUGGAAAACCAACAACUUUUCAGAGUACUAGCCAAACCUAUUUGUUAGUCUUUCAGGUAACUCUGGUAUUGAAAUUUUUUAAAGUUACAAUUUUAGCUAUUUGUAGGAAAUUGUGCAAUAAACAGAACAUUGUUCGUUGGGAUAGUUAGCAACAAUUCGACGGUUUCUGUUUAACACGUACUCCUAUUCAGGAAAUGAUAUGUAUAAAGUUGUUUUAUAGCCUGAGAAAUCAGCCAACAUUUUGCGACCCCACACCACGGGUUCCCCCUCAAAAUGACGUCUGAGAAACGAGCGCAAAAAUUCUGUACAAAUGACGUGUCACUACCCAGGUGUGGGUAGUGCCGCUGAUUGGUUAAAACAAUUUUCCCUCGCGGCACGACCAGUCAGAAACACUGGGUAGUGAUACGUCAUCAUAGACCAUCAGCGUUCGUCGCUCAGACGUUAUUUCGCAAAACCAGUGGUGGCGUCGCGAGAUAUUGGCUGUUCUUUCAGGCUAAGUUGUUAUUUCAUAUAAUUUUGUUUCGUCUCGAAAGAUUUUUUGGGCGUGUGAAUAAGCACAAGGGUAACGGGCCUUAGCAGAGAAACGGUCACACGGUUCAAAAACACCCGUUGCUGGAGGGCCAACAACGCAGACGGGCCCGUUUGGAAGACCUGUAAUUGUUAGGGAAGGUUUUGCAGAAAUUAUCUUUUGCAUUAGUUUUCCUAUGUGUGAUAUGUAAGCAUGCUUGGUUUGUAUGGCCCGUCUGCAGUUGUCCCCUCUAUAAUAUGACGUUUGCGAAGAAAAGCGUGCGUUUUCGAAGAAAGUGAAGUUUUCCGAAGCUCUUUCCACUGAUGUGACAAUUUCAUGUCCAUUUUAAGAGAACAGCUUAAUCAUUUUAGCGAUCACCAUCAAUUACCCUUGCUAGGGUUUAGCGCAAACUGGUGGAACUUAUAUCGUAAACAAACAGUUCAAAUUGAAUUUACCAAGUUUGAAAAUCCUGAUGGGUAGGAGAUGGAGCAGUUAUUUAUUAUUUAUUUUAUUUUAUCCGAAAAUGUGAACUCCCAAUUGCAGUUUCCGAAUUUAGAGCUGUUAAAGAACUGCUAGGUAAUUUAUAACUGGCAUUUAAGAAAAUUUUUUUCCAUCGAUCUUUAAUAAGUUUUUCUAUUCGAGCUUGUUGUGUAUGGCGAGUGGUGGCGAUCGUCGUGAGUUUUGGUGAUAUGUAGUGUCCGAGCAUUUUUUGCAGCUGAAUAACUGAUAUUUUAUCUUGCUAAUAGAAGUAGCUAAAAAAGACGUUUAUCCUGUAUAUUGCCAAUGAGUUUUACUUUUGAAAUGUAAAUAUACUGAUAUUCCUUG